AUGAAUGGGGACAGGUCACACCCACUGCUGCAACAGACAGCGUUGAGCGUUAACCCGUUCAUCGAUCUGCCAAAGGCACCAACGCUGCCGCAUAACUAUGCAUCGCUACCUUCCACACUGCCUCCCUCGACGUUGAACUCGGCACCGGCGCCUUCGAAUCCAGAGCUGCCGGCGUACGUGACUUCCUCGUCAGGUUUUGCAGCACACCCAAGAACCAUCAUUGCACAGAACAAGUCUCUCCUCGAGCAGAUCGAGAAGCAGCGUAAAGAUGCUCAGAAGCAAGUGCAGAAAUGGGAACAGAGCAUUAGGGAUAGAGAGCUUGCGGAGAAGCGAAGGAAAGCGCCGGGAUAUCUAGACACUGGCAUUGCAUUGCUGCAGCCGGAGAAACCAAAAGCUGAGAUGGGUGAAGCAAGUAGCAAGAAUCUUAUGGAUGAGCCUGCUCCCGCCGAGGUUGAUGGUGCAGCGCGGCGGGGUGACAAGGAUGGGAGCGAUCUGGGUGUGGCAAUGGACAGGGCAUUCGGAGCUCUGGGAAGAAGCGAGAUGGGCUAG